AUGAUGGGUCUAUCCAAGUAUAUAAGUGGAACAUGGAUAGGGCAAUAAUCGUAGUUGUACGAAUCAAAGAAGAACCUCAUAAAACAUUUUUAUCUCAAAUGCAGUCUCGCCCGUCCUGCAGAUGUAGAAUACCUACUGGAUAAUGCGAUAAAGCCAGUGAGACACACGCCCCAGUCCCUACGUAGUUCCCACCACAAAACCCAACAGUGGUAGGCAUCAUCACUCAUCAGUUUGGAUCAGACUUGCUUCUUCGCAAGGCGCCGCCACUUGGCCUGGACAUGGACGGCUUCGCACAUUAACGAGCACAAACUAAUGUUAUAAAAGAUGAGGUCGAAUAAGAUAACAUCUUGCAAGAGAUGUUGUUGGUUACACAUUUCCAGAAGGGAAAAAUAUACAUGUAUAAUUUAGACGGAUAGAGGAUAAAGAUGGUUCUUGCGGACAGACAUAAUCCAGGUGAAUACGUAUGUUCCCCAAGCGGAACGAUUGUUGGCACAUCUCACUUCUGCCGCUGUUUUUAGAUGGCCGCAGGGUAUAUUCUCGUUACCGGGCCAUGAAAGUCAGUGUUCGGGGGUGUAGUUUCCCUGUUCUCGGGUCUCCGAUGACUUCUCAUUACAGUGCUCACAUGUUUUGUAAACGAAAGAUGAGUGACAAGGAGACACGGCGUCAGGUGGGUGCACUGAGAGCAUCAGCUGGCCUAGGGACUUUGGCGACGGAAGCUGUGACAGUAUCCUCGAGGUCUAGUGCUCAGCCUCAAAAGUGCGGGGCCCGGCAUUCAAGCAUCAUUGGCGAGCCGUAGCUUGCCUGAUAAGAGUCACCAGCCGGUUGAGUCACGAAGUAUCUGUCACAACAGCUCCCGUCGCUUCAUACGUGAUGAGUAUUGCGAACCAUUCACCUCGUUACGAGACUGGGCUGAAGAGAGCGCCUGUCGAUUUACAUUUACCAAGAACCGGAUGAAUGCGACGUGUUAUAGGGCAGGACGAAGACGGCGUCACUUGACGCAUUCAAAGGGCGGUUUCCACCCUGAGGAGAUCCACGCGCGCAUGCAUGCGGACCUCACACCUCUCACGUCGAUCUCAGGGUCCCCGUCCAUCAGCCAUGGUAGGCGCCAGGGGGGGGGGAUGUUUCCAUGAUCUCGCAACUCAGGCGGAAGGCAGGCAUGGGAUGGGACGGGAUGGGGCUGAUGGGAUGGGAAACUUGCUCCGCCUGUUCGAUUCUCCAUUUUUAGCAUGCUCAAUUGUAGAACUAACACGUACCAGUGUGGAUGUCCAUAGUUAAUUACAGGAACUAGCUUGCAGG